ACUACAAUGGGCUUACGUAAAAAACCACUAGACAGUCCACAUGCAACGUAUUUCUCAACUCUGCUCAAAGAUGGCAGCACAAGUUACAUGUAUUGAUUUUUUUGCCUCCUAUGUUUGGAGGUAGUCAUGCUGUGGAAAAUCAAUAUUUUAUGUUCCCAAUUCGGUGGAAAAGUUAUUCGGAAUCGUGAAAAGUAAGACGCAAUUUGCAGAUUUAGCAAAUAGCGUGGUUCUGGCAGUUCAUCCAGUUUACAGUAACUUGUGGAAAUUAAGCGCUUUACCCGGUGAAAUGUAUUCGACAGAGUGAUUCAAGAUUCACCUUCGCGUGUUCGUUGUUUCGCUUGAAAGUUUAUUUGCCGCUUUAUUAUGCGUUCGUUGACCGCGGUCCACGGGCACCCCCUGCCUGAGUUAGGCGUUCCCUCCAACAUCAACCAGGGCGACGGGAACGGAGACGACAUGGCCGGCGCACAAGACACCAUCUAUCUCUGCAACUUCCGUGUCUCGGUCGACGGAGAGUGGCUCUGUCUAAAGGAAUUGCAAGACAUGGAAAUGCAGGAUUCCUAUAUAAAGCCUGCCGAGCCGGGCGUUAUCACCUCGCCCGACGAUCCUAUGCAUUCUUUAAUGGCACGUGACCCCGUGGUCAUAGAGCGCAGCAACCUGGUGAAUAUCUCCAAGUUGAUCGUUAAGGAGCUAAUCGAACAAUCGCUGCGAUAUGGACGGAUGUUGGACAGCGACCAUUUGCCGCUGCACCACUUCUUCAUCGUCCUCGAACAUGUCAUGCGUCAUGGACUUAAACCGAAAAAGCAUUUGCAGGGUCUUCUUGGUCCUAAAAAGGAGCUAUGGGAUAUUCUACAGAUGGUUGAAAAAUACUCGCCAGAAGCAGCCGAUAUUACCGCCAGUGUCCGAGAUCUUCCAACCGUCAAAACCGCAAUGGGCCGUGCGCGCGCCUGGCUCCGACUUGCGCUGAUGCAGAAGCGCCUUGCGGACUACAUGCGACUCCUGCUGGAGCAUCGAGAGGACACGCUCGAGGAAUACUUUGAGCCGCAUGCCCUUAUGCUGAACGACGAGGCCGUGAUCAUCACGGGGCUGCUCGUCGGUCUCAACGUCGUCGACUGCAAUUUGUGUGUCAAGGAGGAAGAUUUGGACAGCCAGCAAGGAGUGAUUGAUUUCUCGCUGUACCUCCGAGGCAGCAACUCCUCUAGCGACCUUACCACCACCACCAACAACGCCAACACGGAGCCGAAGCAGCGCCAUAUCAACACCAUGUUAGAUCAAAAGAACUACAUCGAGGAACUCAAUCGACAUCUCAACGCAACGGUAGCUAAUCUGCAAGCCAAAGUUGAAAGUCUGACUACAACGAACGCCUUAAUGAAGGAAGACCUAGCGAUUGCCAAAAACACAAUGAUCACUUUGGUCGAAGAGAAUAAUCAACUAAAACAUGCAUUGGGUCAAGACAUCAACAAAGAUAGUAGGAUGAAAGUAACUGAGCUUCAGUCGGAUGAAGAGGAGAAACGCAGUGUCAAGAGUGUCACGUCUGAUAAGACUAAGAACGAAAAAGAUAGCGAAUUAGGUCGAGUACUGGAGGAAGAAAGAAAGAAAAAUGUGGAGCUGCAAAGAGAACUGGAUUUACAGAUUUCAUUAAAAGCUGAGAUGGAGGUAGCUAUGAAAUUAUUGGAAAAAGACAUACAUGAUAAACAAGACACAAUAAUAUCUCUACGACGACAACUUGAUGAUAUCAAAUUAAUUAAUUUGGAAAUGUACAAAAAAUUACAGGAAUGUGAAAGUUCCUUGAAACAUAAAACAGAGCUAAUAGCCAAAUUGGAAGCAAAGACUGAAUCAAUGGGCAGCACGAUACAUCAGCUUGAUGAGAAGUUAAAGGAAGAUAAGGCUGCUAGAAAAAGUUUGGAAGAGAGCGCCCGGUCACUGGGGCAGAAGGCUGCGGCCGCGGAGACGAGAGCAGUGACCGCCGAGGGGGAUCUGAGGAUAGAACGCGAGUGGAGGACUUCGCUACAGGAGUCGAUGAUACGUGACCGAGACAAAAUAUCAAUGUUGACACAAGAAGUAGAAUCUCUCAAAUCUAUUGGACAGAAAUAUCUAUCCCUACAAGAAGAACAACACAUACUCAAGACCCAAUAUAGCGAAGCUCAGAAAACCUUAGAAGAAGUUGGUGCGACGUUAAGCGAGAACAAGCUACAGUUAGCCGAAUUGUUAGAGAAGGAAGCCUUGACGGCAUCCGCCGAUGACACGCCGAACUGGACCUGCGACAAGGACGCGACGGUCUGCACGGCCUGUGCCAAAGAGUUUACGAUAGCGAGGCGGAAACACCACUGCAGACGCUGCGGCCACAUAUUCUGCAGCGCGUGCAGCGACAAGGCCGUGGCGUUGGCCGGCAACACCAGGCCCGUGCGCGUGUGCGACGCCUGCUACGCCGAGGUCAGGUUAACGUAGCCGUAGCUUUAGCUUAUCUAGGUUACUAUUCAAUUCGUAGGACUGACCAAAUAACCGUUGGACUUAUAUGGAAAAACGAUUUUUUAAGCCGUAAUUAUUUACACGUCUUGGAGUGACAGAAUAAACUCAGAGGUUUACUUAAUGGAAGCGUCUAUCAACACUCAACUGGCAGCGAUGCAUAAUAUCGAGAGUAUGCCCUAAUGUAUUGUAUUAGGGCAUACGAGUGUUAUGUAUUGUAAAAAGGGGGUUUGCGAGUUCUUUGGUCAGUGAAGAAAACAAGUCCAUACUCAAGUGUUCAUUGAGAAUAUACCAACGAUUUUAAAAAAUGCAGCUAGAUUAACCAUAUUUUGAUCUAGUACUAAAGUAAAAUACUGCCCUGCCAAGCCAAUCAACGGUAUCUUAAAUCAAAAUUGAAUGCAAACGUAUAUAUACUUUUUAUUUCUUAAUUCUUAAAAUUCAUAAUUCAAGCUCAUUUUCAACCUCUUUAGUCUUUGAGAUACUGCCAUUGGGCUUAUAAGGGCAGUAUAGGUACGUAUUAAUAAGAUUUUAUAUAGUCUAGCCAUAAAUUCUGUUACAAAUAUAAUCGUCUACUAUGGCUAUUAAUAGACCCCGCUAUCGGAGGUGCAAAAUGGUAGCUGUCUAGUUCUUAGGGAUAGGUAAAAAUAUUUAUGAUGUCGAUAUCGAUACUUGAUUUUUCUGUACAAUUAUUUUAUUUGUGUAUAAUUACCAUUUAUGUGACUACAAUUUAACAUGUUUUUGGGAUCCAUGAUAAUCGUAAACAUUAGAAAUAUAAACCGUUAUUAGUACAACAAAAAAGCUAUUGUUGCUAUUUUACUUUUCUUAUACUUUGUGUUGCAGGGCAGUGCAUGAACGCUCUUGAGAUCAACCUUUUCAAUAGAGGUUAAUACUGGCCGCUUAUACUGAUAAUAAGUUACUUACGUCAAUAGAUAAUCAAUGUCAUCUUACAACAAUAUCUUCGAUUAUUUAGCUGUGUUUACAAGCAUAUUUCAUUCGAAUACAAUAUUUUAUAUAAUAGAAAAUGGAGUCACUUCUUGCAGAACACCCUGAUCUCCAGCAAUAAACCUAAGAAAAAAUUUACUGUACCAUUUGCAGUGUACACAUUAUUUCCAGAUAUUGGAAUAUUAAGAAGCAAAUGGAGUCGAAAUCCCAUCAAGAGAAAAUCCACAACGUAUGUCCUACUCAUAUUGAUCAUUUAAUAACACGUUAAUUAAAGUCUUAGACUAUCAUUAUGGUAAAGAAAAAUUAUCGACAUAUAGCUAUAAUCAUCGACAUGUAGCAAGUAUUUAAAAAUAUUUUUUACCCAUCCCUAAGAAUGGCUCCAAAAUUGGCAGCUACCAUUUUGCACCUCCGAUAGCGGGGUCUAGCUAUUAAUUAAAAGAAGUUAGUUUUUUAAAUUAUUUUAUGUAGGUAGUCUGGCUAGCCAAAUAUUGUUGACAGAUUUUUCCUUGAUGUAUCACCAAUUGUCUAUGAUUAAAAAAAACCUAAAGGCUGUUGUCAAUUUAUGUCAUUCAUUCAAAUUGUUCGAGGUUUAUAAGGGGUUUAUUUUAAAUAAUAUUAAAAAUGACUAUGCCGAGUGGGGUCGGGAAACUAUUAUUUAAGCUUGUAAAUAAUUACGACAAUGUGUGAAGUUGACGUGAAGCGUUACAACGCUAUACAUAGCGAAAAACUGUUAUAUUUACAAGUCGUAAACGAUUUAGUAGGUUGGUGCUCUAUUACUAUUUUGAUACUUUAAGUACCUACUGGAAAAUAUCAAUGAAAUCCAAACAUUGGAACGUAACGAGUUACUGAAAACCAAUAUUUAGAAGACAUCUGUGGAGUAAAGUGACUGGUCAGUAGUAAUUUGAUUUAACAAUAUACAAUAUAUAAAAAUAUCUUGGCAAAACAUGUCUAUAUAUGUCUUUAUAUUUUACGUAGUGGUAGAAAUUAUAAAUAAAUAAAAUAAAAAAUAAAAAUCAUUUAUUUCGGACGACACAAUCCAUAUUUUGUAAGCUGACUUUGAGUGCACGUCAACGUAUUGGGAGCGUGCACGACUGUCACGCAACCUAGCGUCCGCAAUUAUAGGGGAAAACGUCAAUUCACUACAUCUUAUAAAACUACUCCAAAACUAAAAACUACUGAACGGAUUUUCAUACGACUUUCAUCUAUCAAUAGAGUGAUUCUUGAGGAAGGCUUAAGUAUAUAACUUGUUAAGGUUUUGUGUAAAUUGUUUGAAAUAUAACGAUGUUGUCGGAAAAAAUCACGUUGGCUAGGAGCUUUAAUCGAAAACGCUGCCUAAUCCGUUUGAGCUAUAACAACACAAUGUAUGGUGGGGUUGUUUCUCAUUCAUAGGUCUACGAAAAAGUCCGCGAUGUGAAAUGUCUAUCUUUUAAGGAUAACUUACUAUAUCCAUUCUUAACUUCUAGAAAAAGAUCACGUAAUAUGUGGCAUUUGCAAAGCUAUUUACAUGGAUACAUUAUUAACAAUUAUCAAAAUAAAUACGUUAGUUAUAUUAAGCAUUUCAUACAGAUUGCAAUGGUCCCUUACACCAUACAAUUUAAAUGAAUAUUUCAGGAGUAAUCGUAAAUCGAAGUUUCAUUUCGAGCCAUAUAAUUGUACGAAAUGUUAAAGACGCUAUCCGCAGUUAGUUCAAAUUUUUACCACCUUAUGCGCUGGGAUCGCUUUACUUACCCCCACCACGCACUUCGCACGGUCCCAAUAUUUAACUGAUUUCCUUAGGUACCUUAAGUGUGCACAGAAAAUCAAAAAUAUGUUCUAGUAUCAACACUAACUCCUACUACACAAAGUGUAACCAGAUUUUUUUAAUUUCGCGCCUAAAAUUUGUGUAAGAUUUCGGUAGCCAGACUCUAAGAUAUAAGGAACCUACUAAAUAAAUAAUACAAUAAAUAAACUUUGUAUUAAGCGUGCCAGUCUCACUAAAAUACGUACCAUAUCUUACGUAUAUAAAGUUUGUUUAAUAAGCCUUUAUUAUAUCAUUGUUGUUCUAUACAGUUUACAUUGUAACAGAACGUAUGGCUAGACCAAAUAGUUCGAUUAUGGGAGCCUACUGUAUAGGGAAUUUAAUUAUGAGAGCAUAUUUUCUUUACCAUAGUUAAAUUUUUAAGAGCUGACGCGAGAUUUGUACUGAAUUGUCA